AUGACCCAGCAGGAGGCACAUGCCACUCCAGACGUGAUUACUGGUAUGAUCCCGAUUUUUGGUUAUCUUGCUGGUGUUUUAAUUGACCCGGGGGCCACACAUUCUUUCGUAGCACACAACUUCGGGGAAGUCUUGUAUGCGGACCGGGUAUUCAGAGAAUGUUAUGUUCAAGUAGACGAUGCGUGGUUGGAAGCCAAUUUGAUUCCUUUAGAAUUGGUGGAUUUGGAUAUUAUUUUGGGGAUGGAUUGGCUAGAGAAGCAUCAUGCGUCCGUGGAUUGUUUCCGGAAGGAAGUGACACUCCGGAGUCCAGGACAACCUAAAGUGAUUUUCCGGGGAGAACGUAGAAUCCUCCCUACUUGCCUUAUCUCUGCUAUUACAGCUAAGAGGUUACUCAAGAAAGGGUGUGAAGGAUUCCUAGCUCAUAUCAUCGACACUCGAGAGAUCACCUUGAAUCUGGAAGAUAUUCCCGUUGUUAGUGAGUUUCCUGAUGUCUUUCCAGAUGAUCUUCUUGGGUUACCUCCUGAAAGGGAAAUCGAGUUUACUAUUGAACUUCUUCCAGGCACCAAUCCUAUCUAUCUAACUCCUUAUAGGAUGGCACCAGCUGAGCUCCGGGAGUUGAAGAUUCAGUUGCAGGAAUUAGUGGAUAUGGGUUUCAUCCGACCUAGUGUUUCCCCAUGGGGUGCACCGGUGUUGUUUGUGAGGAAGAAGGAUGGGACCACGAGGUUAUGUAUUGAUUACCGGCAGUUGAAUAAGGUGACAGGAUACCAUCAGUUGAGGAUUAGAGAAGAGGAUGUCCCCAAGACCGCAUUCAGAACGCGGUAUGGUCAUUAUGAAUUUCUGGUGAUGCUGUUCGGACUGACGAAUGCUCCAGCAGUAUUUAUGGAUCUCAUGAACAGAGUGUUCCGACCAUACUUGGAUCACUUUGUGAUUGUGUUCAUAGAUGAUAUCUUGGUUUACUCUAAGACUUUGGAAGGGCAUAAGAAGCAUCUAAGUGGUAUUCCUUGGACAUGUAAUCUCAAUGAAGGGAUUUAUGUGGACCCACAGAAAGUUGAGACUAUUGUAAAUUGGGUACAACCCACAAGUGUGACGGAAGUACGGAGUUUUCUGGGGUUAGCAGGUUACUAUCGUCGAUUUGUGGAAGGGUUCUCUUCGAUAGCAACACCUCUCACGCAGUUGACAAGGAAGGAGGUUGCAUUUGAGUGGACGGAGGAGUGCGAACAGAGUUUUCAGGAGUUGAAGAAGCGGUUGACCACCGCACAUGUUUUGACUCUUCCUGAUAACUCGGGGGGCUUCGUGAUCUAUAGUGAUGCAUCUUUGCAAGGAUUGGGAUGUGUUCUGAUGCAACAUAAUCGGGUGAUUGCUUAUGCCUUGAGGCAACUCAAAAAGCAUGAGCGAAAUUAUCCAGUCCAUGAUUUGGAACUUGCUGCAGUGGUGUUUGCUUUGAAAAUUUGGCGGCAUUACUUGUAUGGCGAGACAUGUCAGAUUUUCACGGAUCACAAGAGCCUCAAGUAUUUCUUUACCCAGAAGGAGCUGAAUACGAGACAACGGCGUUGGCUGGAAUUGAUCAAGGACUAUGAUUGUACGAUUGAGUAUCACCUAGGCCGAGCUAAUGUGGUUGCAGAUGCAUUGAGUAGGAAGACUACUGCAAACUUAGCUCAUAUUAGGACGGCCUAUCUUCCGUUGUUGGUGGAACUACGGAAGGAUGGAGUAGAAAUGGAGAUGACUCAACAAGGUGGAAUCCUUGCUAACUUGCAUGUGAUACCCAUUAUGGUGGAGCGAGUAAUUGCAGGCCAGUUGGAAGAUCCUACACUCUGUAGGAUAGGGGGAGAAGUAGAAAAUGGAACACGGAAGGAUUAUGCCAUAAGGGGAGACGGAGCCUUGGUAAAAGGAGCUCGUCUAUGUGUACCUAGUAAGAAUGCUGAGUUGAAAAGAGAAAUCAUGGAGGAAGCUCACUGUUCCACGUACAUUAUGCAUCCGGGUAGCACGAAGAUGUAUCGGACGCUAUGGGCAUAUUAUUCAUGGCCGCAUAUGAAGGGAGACAUUGCCAAGUAUGUGAGUAGAUGCUUGAUUUGUCAACAAGUGAAGGCGGAGCGACAGAAGCCAUCGGGACUCAUGCAACCACUUCAGAUUCCUGAAUGGAAGUGGGAGCGUAUUGCCAUGGAUUUUGUUUUCAAGCUUCCACGUACUUCAAAGGAUCAUGAUGGAAUUUGGGUGAUAGUGGAUAGACUCACCAAGUCUGCUCAUUUCUUAGACCUAUCCUUUGACAAAGUUGGCAAAACUUUUUGUGGAUGA